AUGAGUCAGCCUUUCUACUUCCAAGACCGGCCAGGACCUACGAGCAGAAAGGAGCUGGGGAAAUUGAUUAAAAAGCAUUUGUCUCUGUUCAAGCAUCUCAAGGACGAGUACGAUAUAGAGGAUCUGUGGGAGGUUGUUAACCGGUUCCGCUAUAAGAAUGUGUUUUCGAAUGUCGAAGAAGCCGCGAAAAGAUUUCCCGACUUGAACCACCCUCUCCCGGAUCCGCCGCCUGUCGAAGAUCUCGAUUCUAAAAGUUCCGAAAAGGUCACGACCAAUGUACGCGAUGAAGUCGCCGAAGACGUCGAAAGCGCUGAAGACGCCGAAGGUGCUGAAGACGUGGUCUCCGAGCACGACUCGGAUGAUAGGGUGAACAAAGCGGAGGACGAAAAGCUGGGCAUGAAAGGUCAUUUGAUCAACUAUCCAGCCCAGCACGCCAUCUUGAACAAUGUCCAGGCCAUCCUUGAGCAUGUGUGCUUCGACUUUCUCCAGAAAUUUGACCCCGGCUUCAUCACAAAGAGGCGGUGGGAGUGCGCCGAGAUGGCUGAAGUCAAUGUAGCAGCUGGACACAUGCUGGACAACUUUGGCGUCCUGAAACUCCGUGCCGGGUUGGACACGUCGAGCAAAGAGUGGGGCAAGCUGAUGGACAUGUGCUACUUUUUGCGAAACCAUGCGGUUCACCGUGACAGGAUAUCGGUCGAGAUCAUCGCGGCGUGGGUACAACAGAGCGUACAUCUUGCCGACAUACUUGGAGACCACGACCGCGCCGAUCAACUGGAUGCCGUGUACACGGAAAUCAACAUGCGGAUACAGUUUGCGCGUUAUCGGAAACUGCUGCUGCGACAAAAAGCGCAACAAGAGAUGGAGGUUAUCAAUAGGAAGCGAGCGUUGCUGGACGCCGAGGAGAAAGAACUCUUGGAACGGACACGCAUCUCGAUCUUGACCAACAGCGAAAAUUCUGGCGAUCUCUUGCGAAGCUCACUGCAGCCCAUCUUUGCCGGGGAUUACAUAGUGUCCAAGCGCAGGCAAAAGGUCAUGGAACUCAAGGAGGAAUUGAAGAGGCAACGGAUGGAGCAUCUCAAAGAGAAGGAGAAGCUCAAGGAGCAGAAGAAGUUCCAGGAGCAGGAGAAUCUCAAGGAGCAGGAAAAGCUCAAGGAGCAGGAAAAGCUCAAGGAGCAGGAAAAGCUCAGGGAGCAGGAAAAGCUCAAGGAGCAGGAGCAGCUUCAGGCGCAGGAGCAGCGUCAAGAGCAGGAAGAACCCCAGGAGCAGGCGGAACCUCGGGAGCAAGAGUACCAAAAGAAGCCGACGGACCGCGAGAUUACGGCCAAAGGCAAGAAGCGUGCUGCUAUAUCUCAACCCAAGAAGGCUCGAGCACCAGCUGGAACUCCCCAAGGGAAUGUGGAUCAAGUCCUUUUCCCGGGUGCAGGAAGCGAACGAGUUCCACUCGCGGAGCCGUACGGCCAUAGCGCCGAUUCAGAACUCACAGCAGUUGUGCUGCGAACUGGGACCUUUGCUUUAAUGCCGGUCCAUGAUGGCAGCACAUCACCACUGCAGAUGGACGUCAGGUCCGCCAAAAGCGCAGAAACCGCUACCCAAGCCGACUCCGCUCCAACCAGAACCGCAAAAGCCGUUGAUCAGACGGACGUCAAAUCUACCGAAAGUGCGGAAACCGCUAUCGAGGCCGACUCUGCUCCAACUAGAACCGCAAAGGCUGCGGAUCAGAAGGCACCUGUUCUCACCAAAAGCGCGGGAACCGCUAUCCAAGCCGACUCUACCCCAACCAGAACGGCAACAGCUGGUGAUCAGAAAGCACCUGGCCUCACCGAAAGCGCGGACACCGCUAUCCAAGUCGACUCGGUACCUAGCGAAAGCACAUCAAGCAGGGAGGCAGAGAAGACGCGGGUCCUGAAACGCAUUGCAACUGGGGUCCAGUUCUUUGACCAGUCCGCGUUCAAGUCAACGGCGGGGAGCAGCAAUGUGAAGGAGUAG